CUUCCCAAAAGCAACCAGGGGUGACCUCUGAAGAUGAUUCGCUAUUCACUUGAGCGGGAGAACCCCACAAAAUCAUGCAAAUCAAGAGGUUCAAAUCUUCGUGUUCAUUUUAAGAACACUCGCAAAACUUCCCAGAUCAUCAAGCGUGUGCAUAUUCAAAAAGCCACCAAGUAUCUGAAAGAUGUCACUUUAAAGACGCAGUGUGUCCCAUUCUGCCGAUACAAUGGCAGAGUGAGCAGGUGUGCCCAGGCCAAACCGUGGGGCUGGACACAGGGUCGGUGGCCCAAAAAGAGUGCUGAGUUUUUGCUACACAUACUUAAAAAUGCAGAGAGUAAUGCUGAACUUAAGGGUUUAGAUGUGGAUUCUCUGGUCAUUGAGCACAUCCAGGUGAACAAAGCUCCCAAGAUGCGACGCAGAACAUACAGGGCUCACAGCAGGAUCAACCCCUGCAUGAGCUCUCCCUGCCACAUCGAGAUGAUCCUCACGGAGAAGGAGCAGAUCGUUCCCAAACCAGAGGAGGAAGUUGCGCAGAAGAAGAUAUCCCAGAAGAAACUGAAGAAACAAAAGCUUAUGGCCUGGGAGUAAAUUCAGCAUAA